AUGCUCCUGGAGAACGAGAGCGACAAGGACCAACCGAACGGCAUGGGGUGGACUCCGCUCCACGAGGCGUGCUACUUCAACCACCUCGACACCGUACAGCUGCUCCUGGUGCACGGGGCAGACCCUACGAUAAAGAACGUCCAGGGGGCCAUGCCGUACAACAUGACGAGCUUCCAGCCCAUCCGGGACCUGCUGCGGGAGAUCGGGGGCGAGGAGGCGGCCAAGACGAUGCCGACCCCGACGUUCUCCGUGUGCGUCAACGAGCAGGGGCAGAUGUUCGUCCGCGUCACGGCCGGCGAGGCCGACAAGGAAGAGGAAAAGGCCGGGGGGGGAGGGAGGGGGUCCGCGGGCGGGGCUGCGGCGAAGAAGGCGUCUUCUCCGUCGAGGUCGCGGAGCCCCCAGGGCCGGGCCGGUAGCGGCGGCGGUGGUCCCGAGGGUGGCGAGGUGCUGCACAAGGGACCGAUGCUGGGUGAACUUCCUGCACUAGGGAGGCCACCAGUCUCAAGCAGCAGCGGAGGCGCUUCGCCGACGGCCUACGACUCCAAGCGCGACAGCGAGGAACGAAGGCACGACGGCGCGGGAGUCGGAGGAAGAGGAGGAGGGGGGGCAGGGGACGGUGCGGGGGGGGGCCCGGGCAUGCACGAGGCCUCCAGAGAUUCAAACUCGUUAGGCAUGCCCGGAGAGACGGACGAGGGGCAGGCGCCGGAGGGGAUCAUCUGCCAGCUCUCGAAGCGGGUGGCGAGGGACCCCGUGAGGACUCCUUACGGGCACCUGUUCGACCGGCAGAUGAUCGGGCUGUGGCUCUCCAAGCAGGGGAGCAUCUGUCCGCUGACGGGGCAACCCCUCGUGGAGGCAGAGCUCAAGGCCGACGGCAAGGCUAAGGCCGAAGCGAAGGCGUGGAACGACGACCUUCUCGCCCAGAAGAAACACUCGGCUACAGCUGCCUCGGAGGGACGCGGGGGCUCUUCAAGCGCCGCCGCCGCCAAUGGUGCCGAAGGGCACAGCAGCAGCAGCGGUGGUGAGAGGAACGGCGCCGAUCUCGAGACACCCGCGCCGGCGAAAGGCGCCGCCGCCGCCGCCGCUGGCAGAGAGCGCCGCGGUAGCAAGGAGGCCGAGAACAACGGCGACGAUAUCUACGACUUCUGA